UACAGGAAGAGUUCAUCCCAAAAUCAAAGAUCCACGUGAUUACCUUUACUUGUAGGGUUUGUUCAUAAUCUAGAUGGUUUUGGGGAUGGUUGCAGAGUUUUUUUUUUUAGAUAUUGUAGUGAUUGUAUGGCACUUGACUUGUGCUUAAAUCACAACUAAAAUAACUACAUUUGAAAAGUUAAACGUGUGUUUGGGGUGAACUGUCCCUUUAUGUCUGCACACAUCAUAGUUAUGUAUUAUUAUCAAUUGAAAUGAGCCCCACCUUUACCACCUGCAACAUUAAAGUAAUGUACACAUAAUGCAUCAAUAGUUAUGAUCCAUUGAUAUAAUAAAAUGUAUACAAGUAUGCAAAGGGACAGUAUUUUCAGUAGAUUUUAAUGUCAACACUAGUACUUAUUUUCACUGAGAUAUUUGCUACUUUUACUUCAGUAAAUGAUCCGAGUACUUCUUCUACCACCGACCAUGAUGCAGCAAAAUGCAUCCCCAUCUGGAGUCACUGCAGUGGCCAAAUUCUUUGGCAAUUUUAAAUACCUGCCAUGUUGGCACUAUAAUACAAACAUGCUGAUCUGAUGAAGAAAGGCUAGCUCAACAUAACACACCCCAUUCUCACUGAGGAAGCACAGUAUCUGGUCACUUCAACCAGAGUUGGUGGUAAUCUGGAACUCAUUUGACGACAUACAGAGUGUGUUAUGUAGCUACUGUAAGUGCACAACAUCUCAAAACAAGUAACGCAUGCCAUUAAACAGAUGGUGUAUUCCUCCUUAAUCGUGUGAUGUGUGCAUACAUGGACAUGAGGCCAGUGAGGCAGAGUGAUGGUUACUUUUAAUUUUUAUUUCUUUGCAAUUUCAUUAUUAAAUCUGCCAUGACAUUGAUAGGAAAGUGAAGCUCUUGGUUUAUUUUUAUGAACAAAAUAAUGUUUACAAUCGAGCAGACAGAACAUACGUGAAUAGUAUAUCAUAGGUGUAAACAGCCACUGAUCAUAAGACACAUGUGAGUUUAUAUAUUGAUGUCUUCUUCACUGUUUCUCUCUUUGUCAAAGGGGAUAAUAUGGGCUGUGUUCGUCUGCUGGCACUGAUGCUGGCCACCUCUGCAGUACUCCUGUUAGCCGCCCAUUCAACCAGCGCCCAUGGGGACCACGGCCACGGCCACCAUCACCACGGCCACGCCCACGGGGAAGACGAUCACCAGGAAGACGCGAGGAUGUUCCACGGAGCGAGCAAGUGGAGCGCCGAGGCCAACCUCCUUCCACACGAAGAAGAGCAGCACGUUCACGACCAUGGGCACGUUCACGACCAUGGGCAUGCUCACGGGCACGCUCACGACCACGGGCACGCUCACGACCACGGGCACGCUCACGAUCACGGGCACGCCCACUCUCACGAUCAUGGACACGCUCAUCAGGAGGAUGUUGUUCGGGUGCACAAGGAGGAGAGUGGACACGCACACUCCCACGGAGGGGAGAGGGUGAAGAGGGAGGCAGAAGGAGAGAAGAGGGACAUGGUGGAGCUCUGGACACAGGCCAUCGGAGCGACCCUGCUCAUCAGCGCCGCUCCUUUCCUCAUCCUGUUCCUGAUCCCGGUUCAGUCUAACAGCGACCAGCACCAGAACCUGCUCAAGGUGCUGCUCAGCUUCGCCUCAGGUGGACUGCUGGGUGACGCCUUCCUCCACCUCAUACCACACGCUUUGGAGCCCCACUCUCACCACGGAGAAGAAGAUCACGCACACUCGCACGCAAGUGAGGAGUCACAUGACCACGGUCACUCCCACGGAGCUGCCCACGGUCACAUGAUGUCAGUGGGUCUGUGGGUUCUCGGUGGGAUCAUCGCCUUCCUGGUUGUGGAGAAGUUUGUGCGAGCGCUGAAGGGAGGACACGGACAUUCCCACGGACACUCGCAUGAUGCUCCCAAGGAAAAGGACAGUGAUGGAGAAGAGGAAAAGGAAAAGAAGAAAGGAGCGAAAGAAAGCAAAGACAAGACGGUGUCAAAGAAAGAGGAGAGGAAGAGCACAGACAUCAAGGUGUCGGGUUACCUGAACCUGGCGGCUGACUUCACACACAACUUUACCGACGGCCUGGCCAUCGGAGCGUCCUUCCUGGUUGGGCCAACGGUUGGCGCCGUCACCACCGUCACCAUUCUGCUGCACGAGGUCCCACACGAGAUCGGAGACUUCGCCAUCCUCGUCCAGUCUGGCUGCACCAAAAAAAAGGCCAUGUGUCUACAGCUGCUGACGGCUCUGGGAGCUCUGGCCGGCACAGCUUGCUCCCUGUUAGCCGAGGGCGUCGGCGCCGCCGCGACCGCCUGGAUCCUGCCCUUCACGGCCGGCGGGUUCGUUUACAUCGCCACUGUGACCGUGCUCCCAGAACUGCUGGCGGGCCGCUCCAGUUUCGGCCAGUCUCUGAUGGAGAUCCUGGCCCUGCUGUUCGGAGUCGGCAUGAUGGUGCUGAUCGCCGAGUACGAGUGAGACGCUGCAGAGAGGACGGAGAUGGGAGAAAAGGGUCAAAAACGGUUGAAAAUAAAUGCUGGUUUUUAAGUAGCUUUCAAGUGGAUUA